ACAAUUCAGACGUGGGUGUCGCGGAGCAAAGCGCCGUCGUUGUCAUCCCAGCAUUCGACCUGCUCAGCCUCUUCGACAGCGUGCUGCUGCCAACAGCGGUGCUCUGCCAUUUGGACUUAAACACCCGGAAGCUCCUUCGGGUAUGCUGCAAGCGGCUUCGGGCUGAGGUGGAUGCCUGCGUGACCAGCCUCCUGGUCAACAGGUACAACGUCUCCAAGCUCCUCUCCGGCUCCCCGGGAUCCCUCGCCCGCCGCUACCCCUCCCUCCGCCGCCUCGCCUUCGGCGCCAACGAACCACGCGACGUUGCCACCCUGCUCCAAGCCCACCUCCCCGCCCUCCGCCGUUCCCUAGACUGUCUGGACUUCUGGGCCUACUACGCCUCCUUCUCUCCCGCCCUCUGGUCCCUCCUCAUCGAAUCCAGUCCGGCUCCCGUACUGCGUCUCCGCCUGAACAUCAAUGAGAGCCUGCUGCGACGCAUGGAGCUGGAUGCGGUGUUUGCGGCCCUGCAGGCCCUAGCGGCCAGCCGGCCGGGGCUGGUGGUGGAGUUUAACACGGGGCACUCCUUUUUCGGGUUUCGGAGCACGGAAGCCCCCACGCUGCGCUUCCUGGCGAGCGCGGGCUUCGUACGUUCACUGGGUUUCAGCAUGGGUCUUCGCGGCAGGGAGUACCAGAACGAGCAGUUCUUCGCACAGCUUACAGGAGCAGGCGCUGAUCAUGCUGAUGCACGAACAGCAGCAGCAGCGCCAGCAGCAGGUGUGGGUGGGACAGCAGCAGCAGCGCC